GAAAGAGCAGUAAUGUUGCAGGUUUUAUAGCAGAACAGAGGGGACUGGCAUGUGGCUUCUUAACUUUAUCCAUGAAAUAAUUCUCCCUCUUCCUUUCUCUCUCUAGAUAACUCUGCAUUUCUAUCUCUCUCUCUAGUUGGUACAGUUGUAUUUAGAGGCCUACGCGCCAGAGCGAUGUGAUUGAACAAUAGCAGGCUUUAGUUAUGAGUUGAAGCUCCUUCUGAAUAUUUCAUCAGGUCGGUCGUCACCCAGUGAAGACUUUGAAGAAAAUAGAAAGGGAAAAAGACCAAAGCAAAGACUUCCAGAGUUUAAAUAACCCAAAAUAUCCUCAGCCUCUUUCAAGCUCUAUAUCUGUGAAAGUGGUUCAAUGCAGGCGGGUCCAAGAGGGGGAGGAGGACGAGGACGAGGGCUUCUUUGGCUUUGAGGGUGUACCUGAAGACGAGACUUGGCGGGUGAUUUGUGAAAUGAGGUUUAAUGGGAGGGCAGUUAUGGCAUUUCGGGUCGACUUUGUUCUUCUGGUUCUGCUUGUCUGUGUGAGCUUCGGUUAUGUGGAUUCAGAGGAUGGAACAACGCUGCUGGAGAUAAAGAAGUCAUUUAGGGAUGUGGACAAUGUUCUAUAUGACUGGACAGACGCACCCUCUUUAGAUUAUUGUGUUUGGAGAGGCGUCACAUGCGACAAUGUCACCUUCAAUGUCAUUGCACUUAAUCUUUCAGGUCUAAAUCUUGAUGGAGAAAUCUCACCCGCAAUUGGAAAUCUCAAAGGCCUUCAGUCCAUUGAUUUGAGGGGAAAUCGUCUAUCAGGCCAGAUCCCAGAUGAGAUUGGUGACUGUUCGUCUUUGAGAAACCUGGACUUGUCCUUCAAUGAGAUAUAUGGAGACAUACCAUUUUCGAUAUCCAAGUUGAAGCAACUGGAAAAUCUAAUCUUAAAAAAUAAUCAGUUGAUUGGACCACUUCCUUCAACUUUGUCCCAGAUUCCGAACCUGAAGAUUUUAGACCUAGCGCAGAACAAUCUCAGUGGGGAAAUACCAAGACUUAUUUACUGGAAUGAAGUUCUACAGUAUCUUGGUUUGCGAGGGAACAAUUUAGUUGGAACACUCUCUCCAGAUAUGUGCCAGUUAACUGGGUUAUGGUAUUUUGAUGUGAGAAACAACAGUUUGACUGGCAGCAUUCCUCAAAGUAUAGGCAACUGCACCGCCUUCCAGGUCUUGGACCUGUCCUACAACCAGCUAACUGGAGAUAUUCCGUUUAAUAUUGGGUUUCUGCAAGUAGCCACCUUGUCGUUGCAAGGUAAUAAACUAUCUGGGCCUAUCCCAUCUGUGAUUGGCCUGAUGCAGGCACUCGCCGUAUUGGAUUUGAGCAGCAACAUGUUAAGUGGACCAAUCCCUCCUAUCCUUGGGAAUUUGACUUAUACAGAGAAAUUAUAUUUGCAUGGCAACAAGCUUAACGGAUCAAUACCCCCAGAGCUUGGACAGAUGACAAAGCUUCAUUAUUUGGAAUUGAAUGAUAACCUGCUUACAGGACAUUUUCCACCUGAACUUGGGAAGCUUACUGAUUUGUUUGACCUAAAUGUUGCGAACAACAAUCUUGAAGGGCAUAUCCCUGAUAAUCUUAGCUCGUGUACAAAUCUUAACAGCCUCAAUGUGCAUGGGAACAAGUUGACUGGAACCAUACCACCUGCUCUUCAGAGGUUGGAGAGUAUGACUUAUCUGAAUCUCUCCUCCAACAAUCUUCGCGGCUCAAUUCCAAUUGAGCUAUCUCGGAUUGGUAAUUUGGAUACUUUGGAUCUUUCUAACAACAAAAUAAGUGGAACCAUACCUUCCUCACUUGGGGAUUUGGAACAUCUUUUAAAGCUAAAUUUGAGUAGAAACCAUUUGACAGGAUUUGUUCCAGGAGAGUUUGGUAACCUAAGGAGCAUUAUGGAAAUAGAUCUUUCAAGUAAUCACCUCACAGGCUUAAUUCCUCAAGAGCUCGGUCAGCUGCAGAACUUGUUUUCAUUGAGAUUAGACCACAACAAUUUAACUGGGGAUGUGGUGCCGCUGAUAAAUUGCCUCAGUCUUGCUGUACUAAAUGUAUCUUACAACAACCUGGCAGGUGAUAUUCCCACAAGCAAUAACUUCUCAAGGUUUUCACCUGACAGUUUUGUUGGAAAUCCUAAUCUUUGCAGCUAUUGGCUCAAUUCUCCAUGUCACGAGUCCCGUCCAACAGAACGAGCCACAAUAUCCAAAGCUGCUAUCCUGGGAAUUGCUCUUGGUGCCCUUGUGAUUCUUCUCAUGAUCCUUAUUGCUGCAUGCCGGCCAUAUAACCCAACUCCUUUUCCAGAAACUUCACUAGACAAGCCAGCAGUUAAUUACUCAACGCCAAAGCUAGUGAUUCUUCACAUGAAUAUGGCACUUCAUGUCUAUGAGGACAUUAUGAGGAUGACUGAAAACUUGAGUGAGAAGUAUAUUAUUGGUUAUGGUGCAUCAAGUACAGUAUAUAAAUGUGUUCUUAAAAAUUGCAAGCCAGUGGCCAUCAAGAAACUCUACUCUCAUUAUCCUCAGUGCUUGAAGGAAUUUGAGACAGAACUUGCAACAGUUGGAAGCAUCAAGCAUCGGAAUCUGGUCAGCCUCCAAGGAUACUCCUUGUCAUCUUCUGGAAACCUUCUUUUUUAUGACUACAUGGACAAUGGCAGUCUCUGGGAUCUCCUUCAUGGCCCCUCCAAAAAGAAAAAGCUCGACUGGGCAACUCGUCUUCAGAUAGCACUCGGAGCAGCCCAAGGGCUUGCCUAUCUGCAUCAUGAUUGUAGUCCCCGCAUCAUACACAGGGAUGUGAAGUCGUCUAACAUUCUGUUGGACAAGGAUUUUGAGGCUCAUUUAACUGAUUUUGGCAUUGCCAAAAGUUUGUGCACGUCAAAGUCCUAUACAUCUACUUACAUAAUGGGCACAAUUGGCUACAUCGACCCUGAGUAUGCUCGAACUUCCCGCCUUACUGAGAAGUCUGAUGUGUAUAGUUAUGGAGUCGUUCUGCUGGAGUUGCUAACAGGAAGGAAAGCUGUAGACAAUGAAUCCAAUCUCCAUCAUUUAAUCUUAUCUAAGACUGCGAACAAUGCAGUCAUGGAAACUGUAGACCCUGAGGUCACGGCCACGUGCAUGGACCUUGCAGCAGUGAAGAAGGUUUUCCAGCUUGCCCUUCUAUGCACAAAGCGGCAGCCAACGGACCGCCCAACUAUGCAUGAAGUAACUCGUGUGCUGGGGAGUCUCGUGCCAUCCCCCGCGCUGCCAAAACAAUCAACCCCCAUGAACCCUCCAUCCACACAGCUCCUACCAUCUGCCAAAGUGCCUUGCUACAUGGAUGAGUAUGCAAAUCUCAAAACCCCCCACAUGCUAAAUUGCCCGUCCAUGAGCACCUCAGAUGCCCAGCUAUUUCUCAAGUUUGGAGAGGUAAUAUCUCAGAACAGUGAGUGAAGAAGAAGCAUUUGGAGGAAGAAUUAUUGUAAUAUUAUUAAGCAUCUCCAAAAAGUAGUGGGAAAGUAGGAAGGGCUCAGAUGAUUGAAAAUGUGUAUAAAAGAUUUGGCAUCAGUUUGCUGUAGGUGGAAAGAAGGAAAAGACGAACAACCUUUUUUAGUAACAGAUUUAUAAAGUGCAGUAAGUAGAUUCAUCUA